AUGACAAUGCCAAAAGAUAAUCCAUACCUUGCCCAUCGACAUCCCACUGAGCGAGCUGCUUCAAGCGCAAGCACUCUUAAUGGUGCCAGCGCUUCCUCGAGAGAGCCUCUCUAUGGUUUUGUUCCUCGGAUGGUCAAUGCAGAUCAAGUCCGUCAGGCAUUGGAACAUGAUUUAAACCCGUUCACAAAGCUGCCCCAUACUGCACAAUACAAAAAGAUACUGGAAGCUCGCAAAAAGCUCCCUGUGUUUGUACAAAUGACUGAGUUCUACAAAAUAUUCAACAAACACCAAAUCAUUGUUAUGGUCGGCGAGACUGGCUCAGGCAAGACCACGCAAAUACCCCAGUUCGUCACCUACUCUGAUCUUCCGCACACCAAGAACAAAAUGGUGGCAUGUACUCAGCCCCGCAGAGUUGCCGCCAUGUCUGUGGCUAAACGUGUAGCGGAUGAGAUGGACGUCCAACUCGGUCGACAGGUCGGUUACUCGAUACGUUUCGAAGAUAUGACUGAGCCUGGCACCACCUUUCUCAAAUAUAUGACCGAUGGAAUGCUCCUUCGUGAAGCUAUGAACGACCCUGAUCUCACCCGCUACUCCACUAUCAUCCUCGACGAAGCUCACGAACGUACCCUCGCUACCGACAUCCUCAUGGGCAUCCUCAAAACCCUCGCCCAACGCCGUUCAGACCUCAAACUGAUCAUCAUGUCCGCUACUCUAGAUGCCCUCAAGUUCCAGAAGUACUUCGCUGUCUCUGGUGAUACCCCCGCCCCGCUCUUUAAGGUCCCAGGUCGUACCCACCCCGUCGAGGUGUUCUACACCCAGGAACCGGAGCCAGACUAUGUCGAGGCUGCCAUCCGCACGGUGCUCAUGAUUCAUCGUGCUGAAGAGCCGGGAGAUAUCCUAUUGUUCCUGACGGGUGAGGAGGAGAUAGAGGAUGCGUGUCGGAAGAUCAAGCUCGAGGCGGAUGACCUUAUCAACUCCGACCCCGAGUCUGUAGGCCCCCUCACGUGCAUCCCACUGUACUCAUCGCUACCGCCGCAACAACAACAACGCAUCUUCGACCCGCCACCGAAAGGCAGUCCGGACGGCCCCCCAGGACGCAAGAUUGUAAUCAGCACGAACAUUGCGGAGACAUCGCUGACGAUCGAUGGGAUCGUGUACGUCGUCGACCCAGGAUUUUCCAAGCAAAACGUGUAUAACCCGCGCAUCCGUGUGGAGAGCUUACUCGUGAGUCCGAUCUCCAAGGCGUCGGCACAGCAGCGUGCAGGCCGGGCCGGGAGAACGAGGCCAGGCAAAUGCUUUAGGCUGUACACGGAGAAGGACUUUAUGUCGGAGCUCGAGGAACAGACGCACCCAGAAAUUUUGAGGAGUAAUUUGGCGAAUACGGUGCUGGAGCUUGUCAAGGCAGGGAUUAAGGAUCUUGUCAAGUUUGAUUAUGUGGAUGCGCCGGCGCCAGAGACGCUAAUGAGAGCACUGGAACUGCUGAAUUACCUUGCUGCGUUGGAUGAUGAUGGAAACCUCACGGCAUUGGGGAGCAUCAUGGCUGAAUUUCCCCUGGAUCCACAGCUCUCGAAGAUGCUGAUCUCCAGCCCAGAGUUCAAGUGUAGCAACGAGAUCUUGACGAUCACUGCGAUGUUGUCAGUACCAAAUGUAUGGCUGCGGCCGAAUAACCAGCGGAAAGAGGCAGAUCUUGCAAAGGCGCAGCUUACCGUCCCUGAUGGUGACCAUCUAACACUUCUCAACGUGUAUAACAACUACAACCAAAAUCAAUACGACAAAAACUGGACCUGGAACAACUACCUCUCCGCUCGGGCGCUGAUGCAAGCAGACAACGUGCGCGAGCAGCUGAAACGGACGAUGGAGCGGUUUGAGGUGGAGCUCAUCAGCGUACAAGAUCAGAAGAAGAUGUUUAUGGCGAUUAGGCAGGCGUUGUGUUGUGGAUUUUUCAUGCAAGUCGCGCAUAAAGAGGGAGAGAAGGGGAACUACAUGACCGUAAAAGAUAACCAGGUUGUGGGGCUCCAUCCAUCGUGCGGGCUGGACACCCAGCCGGAGUGGGUGAUUUUCAAUGAGUUUGUGCUCACGACGAGACCUUAUAUACGGACUGUUACGGAGGUGCGACCGGAUUGGCUCCUCGAAUAUGCGCCUUCGUAUUUCGAUUUAAAGAAUUGGCCGGACAGCGAGAUGAAGCGCGCGUUGCUGAGGACUGGGACAAAGCAGGCGGGAAAAUUCGGGGCGCGGUUUGACCAGGUGGAUGCCUCAAAAGAGGGAGGGGGUUCGGCGAAGAAGAGGAAGAAGAUUAAACAGCAGGGGUAG